AAUUGUUGUGUGCGCGCUUUCGUGCACUCGUACAUGUUUUUGUGCACUCGUACCUCGUACGUGUUUUUUGUGAACUCCUCACGUCCUCACUCCUCACUCCUCAUAUACUUGUCUUGUGCGUGUUUAUACGUUUUUAUGCAGAUGUCGUCGUGACCGGGCUUCCGUAGUCCGUAUACUUACGUAUCGUAUCGGAGAAUCAGAAUCGUGAGUACAUAUAUAAAUAUAGCGGAGCGGACAGUACAGCGUCGGAACGGACUCCGAAGAUUGUAAUUGGGAGUCGAAGUUUUGGAGUCAGGCCUUGAAGACGUCGAGAUUGAGAAUUGAGACUACUACACGAAUGACUAUAAGCCGCGGAGGUGACCGAAUAAGAUAUAAAUUGAGUAAAGAACGAAAAGGUUACAAAAAUUUACAGUUGAAUGCUUGAGUACUAAUUGUCUCUGAAAGGCAAGAAUGACAGUUUGGUGAACCAAUUAGUGUUGAAGAAUGGUGAAGGACAACGAAUUAGGAUCAGCAGGAUGCAGUGGCAUAAACUCAAGGCAACGGAGGCUAAUUCCACGCUUCUCUCUCAGAAGACUACCAUAUUCACUUCCAAUUAUAGGUCGUCGAAUUUCCAGGCCUCCUCCAUCUGGAAACAGAAAUACCAAAGGAAAAGAAUCAUUGAACAAGCCGCAAGAUAUAGAGAAAGGUGAAGCUAAAAUUAAUAAUGGUUCAGGCCAUGUGCAAUAUCAUUCCGGAGACUUGCAUAGAACAUUCAGUAAAGGAUCUGUUCUUUCAGCGGUUGCAGGAAAAAGCAAUGAAAAUGGGAUCAUAGAAUGUCCUCUGUGCCUGGCAGAGCUUCCAGCAGAAUUGUUUCCUACAAUACAGUCAUGUCAUCACCGUAGCUGUUAUGACUGCUUUCAACAGUAUUUGAAAGUUGAAAUAUCUGAAUCUAGAGUCAACAUAGCUUGCCCAGAAUGUACAGAACCUUUACACCCAAAUGAUAUUCGAAUGAUUCUCAAUGAUCAAGUUCAAUUGGAAAAGUACGAAGAUUUCAUGGUGAGACGAGUAUUGGCAGUUGAACCGGAUGCAAGAUGGUGUCCAGCACCAGAUUGCAGCUAUGCUGUGAUCGCUUCUGGCUGUGCCUCGUGUCCAAAGCUGCGGUGCGAAAGACCUGGUUGUGACUCCUGCUUUUGCUAUCACUGCAAAGCUCGAUGGCAUCCAAACCAAACAUGCGACGCUGCACGAGCACAGCGUGCACAGUAUUAUGAACGUAAUUCACCCCUCAAUUUUAAUCAAAUAGAUGCUCAACAGAGGGAUGAUAUUAAACCUUGCCCUCGCUGUCAAGUGCUCAUUUUUAAAAUGGACGACGGCAGUUGCAAUCAUAUGACGUGCGCUGUGUGCGCAGCGGAGUUCUGUUGGCUCUGCAUGAAAGAAAUCAGUGAUCUCCACUAUCUUAGUCCUUCUGGUUGCACGUUUUGGGGUAAAAAGCCAUGGUCCCGUAAAAAGAAAAUUCUCUGGCAGCUAGGAACAUUAGUCGGAGCUCCGGUAGGCAUUGGCCUUGUAGCUGGUAUUGCCGUUCCUGCCAUAAUCAUAGGUAUCCCUGUAUGGGUUGGACGAAAAUUGUACACCAGGUACAAAAAAGUCAAUAAGCACAAAAGAAAUGCAUUUGUCGCUGGCGGAGUCACGGCAUCGAUCCUGAUAUCACCAGUACUGGCAGGCUUGGCAGUGGGCAUCGGCGUGCCGAUUCUACUGUUUUACGUCUACGGCGUGGUACCGGUCUCAUUGUGCCGUAGCGGCGGCUGUGGCGUUUCGACCAGCGGCUCCGGCGUACGAUUCGACUUUGACGACGAGAACGAGCUCAUGGGUGCCCUUGGAGCCCGGAACACCGGAGACGCAGCCUCCAUAGACGUAGCGAGUCACCGAGGCGGAAACCCGUCGAUCGGAGAGGCCUCUCUGUCGCUGGGUAGCGGCAGCCAACUGGAGAAACUAGGCCGCGAGAACGACCGCGAAAGCGCGAGCAACGUUGCCCUCGCCGGCGUAAGCAUCGCGGGAAGCAUCGCCUCGAGCGUCCUCCCCGGUGGCCAGAGGUUGGAGGUUCAGGCGGACGUGACGUCAACGCAGCGCUUUAGUCUUUGUAGCGAGACAGCCUCGGCGACGACGAGCCUCUCGGAAAAGUCCGUCAACGCAUCCAUCGCCCCGGACGACGGAGCAGCAUCAACUCGUGCCCUCGCUGGCUCCGUUCUCAACAUGAAGCUAGUACCGGACGCAUCGGCCGAGGGCUCAGCUCCUGCAGCGUCUGUUGCUGCGACCUCCGCGACGACGACUGUCACGAGUACGGUGGCAGCUUCUAUUGCUGCCACGACCCAGAUGGACUCCUCCUCCGGCCAGGCGACCUCGCUCAGCUCGCUCGAGGAGAUCGCGCCCGGUAGUCUGGCCAAGAGGACGCGACGUAGGCCGGCUGGCAAUAACAAUAACACCAGCGACAAGCAACAGCAGCAAAACAGCGAUGCGAGCAGUGGCUGGACUAGCGCCGAGGAUGGGAGCAGCGAGCGGGUCAGGUUCGAUCACCACGUGAGCUUUAUCGAGGCUGACCAGGGGGUGGUCGCUAACGAUAGUGUCGAUACUGCUGUCAUUGCUGUCACUGGCGGUGGUUGUGGUAGUGGUGGCGCCAAGGGACCCGCCAGUCGGCGCAAAAGGAGUACCAGCAGGGAGCUCGAGAAGGAAGCCGUAGCCGUUGCUGCUACAGCAGCCGGUGCUAGUGAGGACGACGCGCGCCGAACUCUGAGAUCCCAGAGUAAAGAUAUUUUGGAGCCACCCAGAGGGUUGGUGGGGCCCGUGAACAUUUCAAACCUGAGAAAUGUCUUUUUUCACGAUUUUUCAGCUAGCGAGACACGUUUACCAGUAAUUGAGGAGCCAUUUUCCAUAACGUUUCAGACAAACACAACGCACGUGGACAAUUAUCCAGUCGAGUCAGCGGUUGAAGCUGAGUUGGACAAAAACUUAAAUUGUUAAAACGUAAAAUAAAACCCGUUAACAUCAAGGAAGCAUAAUAAUAAUUGCAAGCGUUAUGGGGUAAAAGCUAAUUUGGGUUAUGAUUAUCUCUUUCCUACCAAAUGCUACAAACAAGAGUAAAAUUAGUACUUUUUAAACAGGCCUCACCUCGUUAACACUUCCAAGCAUUCUGUUAUGUAUGUACUUUAAGGGCAAAAUAUAACU